AUGGUGGUUAGGAUUCGGCUAUCGCGUCUAGGAUGCAAAAACAAGCCAUUCUAUCGUGUGAUGGCUGCCGAUAGCAGAUCUCCAAGAGAUGGCAAACACCUCGAAGUUCUCGGUUACUACAAUCCCUUACCUGUUCAAGAUGGUGGCAAAAGAAUGGGUAUCAACUUUGACAGAGUCAAGUAUUGGCUUUCUGUAGGAGCUCAACCUUCGAAUCCCGUUGAGCGGCUUCUGUUUCGAGCAGGGUUACUUCCUCCACCGCCGACUGUGGCCAUGGCGCGCAAAGGUGGAGCCCGCGACACUCGUCCUGUCGAUGCUUUAACCGGGCGUGUAAUUGAUCAACAAAAGCCUCCCAAUUCCAACAAUGAUGAAACCUCCGUAACUGAAAACCCGUGA